UGUUUCACGGUGUACUGAUUUACACUCCAGUGGAAGAAGAAGAAGAAAUAAAGGAGACAUUGCCCUCUGCUGGGAGCCUUUAACCAUAGACUGUAAAAAUAACCUUGUAACCCCGCCUCUCACUGGUCACAUGAGACUCUAAGGCUGUAGCCUGUCCUAUCGACAGUUUGGAACAACUUUGGAAAACUGAGAUUUAUUACCACGUAAACACCUAUUUUUCACCAAAUGAAACUAUGUAGAGGACUUAAUUUCGGACAGUAUGCAGAAAUCACAUUUGGGAGUAGCUGGGACGGUUUUCGAGUCCAGCGGUUGAAGAAAAGCGAUCAUCAGACGAAGUUUCUGUAGGGGAAAAAAGUUGAGUGCAACUCGUCUGUCUGAGGUUUGUGGGACGGGCCGUCUGGCUGGCUGGAUGCGUGUUUUCAGCGCCGAGGAGUUUGGAUAUUCACGAAGGAAACUAACAUAACUAUUUCAUUUGAUGGUGCAGGAUAAUAAUGUUUUGCCAGUUUAAACACUAUAAGAACUUUCAAAAUUAAAAUCCACAAAAACAAAUUAAACUACAAAGAAUAUCCGUUCUUUGUAGUCAGUUUAGGGUUCGUCUUCCAUUUAACUCUGAACCAUUUCUCGUUUUGGAAUCAUUCGUUAUCAUUCAUAAUUAACUGUUCAGUUGUUUUAAUUGGACGCAUCACCUCUGGAAGGCAACAUGGACGCGCGACAGGGUCAGUGCGCGCCCCCGGUGGGGCAGCAGAUCGUGCACGUCCGCGGGGACUCCCAGACGGAUCUGGAGGCUCUGUUUAACUCCGUGAUGAACCCUAAAACCUCCGCCCUGCCCCCCUCCUCUCUGCCUAUGAGGAUGAGGAAACUUCCAGACUCCUUCUUCAGACAGCCGGAUCCCCGAUCACACUCCAGACAGGCCAGUUCAGAUGGGACCAUCGUUGGGUCUCUGACACCUCAUCAUGUGCGUGCCCACUCCUCUCCCGCCUCGCUCCCCAUCAAUGCCCUUUCUGCCCCAGCAACCAGUGCCAUGGCAACCCAGCCGCUCCCUGAUGACGUGCCCCUCCCUCCGGGCUGGGAGAUGACCAAGACUCCCUCAGGACAGUGCUACUUCCUCAAUCACCUGGACCAGACGACCACAUGGCAUGACCCCCGUCUCUCCCAUCUCCAGACCAACGCAGCGGCCCACCUGCUCUCUGCUCCCCCGCCACACACACACACCCUCGCACACCCUGCACCCAACACACACACACAGAGUAACACCAGCUCCAACACAGGCCCCCUCCCAGAGGGUUGGGAACAGGCAGUGACUCCUGAAGGAGAGGUCUACUACAUCAACCACAUCACCAAGACCACCUCCUGGUUAGACCCACACCUAGUCCAGAGUGCUGUAGCCCAGGUGAAGCCCUCAACCCUGACCUCUGACCCGGUUGGCAUUGCAACAGUGGUAACCAAGCGCAGGCAGCAGCUGCAGGUGGAGAAGGACAGGCUGAGGCGGAAACAACAGGACCUGGCCCGUCCAAUCAGACUACAGGAUGUGGCGGUGAGGAGUGGACUGGAGCAUGAUGGGAAAAUGAGGAACAACCAUGUAGACCCCGCCCUCAACGGGGCCCACUCCCGGAACCAGAGUACUGACAGUGGUCUGAGUGUCAGCAGCUUCACACGGACACCUGAUGACCUGCUGAACACUGUGGAACUCAUGGAUACAGGUGACUCUGGAGCAGGCCAGCCAAUGGCAUUCCUGGAGGCAGGCCCAGGGGUGUGCAUGGCUACCGAUGGGGAGGAGCUAAUGCCCAGCAUCCAGGAAGCCCUGAGCUCAGACCUCCUGAGUGACAUGGAUACUGUUCUCUGGUUAUAGACGCACACUAUAGAUACACACUAUAGUCACACACACACACACUAUAGUCACACACACACAUACACUCUAGACACACGCACACACAAUCUAGACACACACACACACUAUACACACACACACACUAUAGACACACACUGUAGACACACACACUAUAGACACACCUACCUGGCUAUAGACUCUACACAACAGUAGUACAUAAUGAACUGAUUUGAUGGGUUAUAGACUACACAACAGGGAACGAGACUCAGAUUCCGCCCCUCCACUUCCUCUCCUGGGUGUUACCUGUCUCCCUUGAACCUAGCUGGCCACUGAUUGGCUGGUUUCCCAAGAUGUAACCCAGUAGACACUGUGGCCCUUGACGACAGGAGAUAGAGCGAAACAUGAUGUGGUACUGAGGAGACACUGUGGCCCUUGACGACAGGAGAUAGAGCGAUACAUGAUGUGACACUGUGGCCCUUGACGACUGGAGAUAGGGAGAUACAUUAUGUGGUACUGAGGAAUGUGCCUAGUGUUUUCUUCCUCUAUCUCUCCCUCUCUCCUCCCCUCUCCUCUUUAUGUCUCUCUCUCCUUCCCCCUCUCCUCUCCCUCCUCCUUUCUCCCUCCCUCCUUCCCUUUCACAGGAGAGAGAAUCUUCAGUUUGCCUUUCAUCCCUGUAUACCUCACACCUGCCUUUCCCUUCCCAUAAGUAUGUAUCUUUGUUAGUUAUGCCUACAUAUAUCAACAAACAAUCUUCUUUAGAAGUGGUACAAUUUCUCAACGUGUUGUUUAACUUGCAGGCUGCUAAAUUGUGAGGCAUGAGAGAUUAACAGAAUAUUCCUCCACAUCAGCAGUUGUAAUAGAAUUUACCAGUUAUAACGUACAUCCAGAGCCUUCAUAAAGUAUUCACACCCCUUGACUUAUUCCACAUUUUGUUGUGUUGCCAUGUGGGAUUAAAAUGCAUUUAAUUGUCAACGAUCUACACAACAUACUCAGUAAUGUCAAAGUGGAAGAUUUUGACAUGAGGUACUUUUGAAGUUGGAAGUUUACAUACUCUUAGGUUGGAGUCAUUAAAACUUGUUUUUCAACCACUCC